AUGUCGUCCGAUAUCUCUUACUAUCCCGUGGUCAACGUCAUCCAAGCACUUCGUGAUUCUAUGUCGGCAACCGACACGACAAGUCUGACGACAGGGUUGCCGGCGAGCUCGUCGUCAGACACGGAUGCGCUGGUCGCUGCCGUCGUCAAUAAUGUCAACCAACAAGAACUCGAUGCAUCCAAUACUGUAGACGGAACUAUUCAGCCUAGUCAAGUCGCCGAAAGUGCUCUAGCAUCAAUGCCAAUUUUAAGUGAAGGACAGUCGAUUCCAGGUCGCGUCCCGAAACCUCGAGCACGAAAGAGUCCUGGUUCUGGAGCCAAGAGAUCCGAGCCCUCUAAACGCAAGUUCGUCUGUUCAUUCUCUCACUACGGAUGUGACGUCGCGCUAAGCUCCAAGAACGAAUGGAAGCGGCAUGUGUCGAUACAACAUUUACAGCUGGGCUUCUAUCGUUGCGACGUAGGUUCUUGCAAUCCCGACAACACCCCAAAUGCUGCACUCAGCAAAAAGGUUUUCAACGACUUCAAUCGAAAGGAUUUGUUCACUCAACACCACCGGCGGAUGCACAAGCCCGAAAGUGGGCCCGGUUCUGGUAACUCGCAAGAUCCAAACAGUUCGGAUUGGCGGGCGUUUGAAGACAGCCUCGAGGAGGUCAGAAGUCGAUGCUGGCAAGAAAGACGCAAGCCACCUCAACGAAGCACUUGUGGUUUCUGCGGCCGCGUUUUCGAAGGUGAAGGUAGCUGGAACGAGCGUAUGGAGCAUGUCGGUAGCCAUUAUGCGCGUGAUCUACCAGAAGCAUCCAAAGAAGAACGAGAAGACGAAGACCUUACCAAUUGGUCGUUAGCAGAAGGAGUGAUCAAGGAAACUCCUAGUGGACGCCAUGUGCUUAUUGAUCAGCCAGCCAGCUCGACCGAUCGGUCAUAUAGUAACCGAAAUAUCGACAUGGCCAUGGUUGAUGCACCACCAAUCUCACCCACUAAUGGACAGACAACGGAUGGACAAUUCAUAGACCGUCUUGAGGACCUCAUCAAUACACUCAUCAAUCCAAAAAAGCCUCGAAUGUCGAAGAGGCUGCAGUGGCGGUGUGACUGUGGUCUGGAUUGCUCAGUCGACUUCGCCGAGGACAAUCAGGAAGAUACGCGCGCUUUUGCUAACCUAGGGAAAAUAUCUAUCAUAUGUCAAAACAGCCAAUCACCCUAUCUCAAGACCAGCAAAACCGAGCAAUACGAGAUCAUCCCCUGUAACGAACUUCACAGUCGCAUUGCCCAGAACAAUAAAAUCGCUACAAACCACGCUCUUCCUCGAGUUGAGGAGGCUCCGGAGGAUGAUAGCAGUAAGAUCGACGGUGACAGCACAUUACCCUCUCUCUGA